AUGGGCAAAGAAGGGUUAAUUGCGGCCAAAGAGCUAAAGAGACUCCAAUCGAAUCCGGUUCGGCUCGACCGGUUUAUUAAAUCUAAUGUUUCUCGCUUGCUUAGGUCUGAUCUCGUUGCUGUUCUCGCGGAGUUACAAAGGCAAGACCAGGUCUUUCUCUGCAUGAAGUUGUAUGAUGUUGUGCGGAGAGAAAUAUGGUAUCGGCCAGACAUGUUCUUCUUCAGGGACAUGCUUAUGAUGCUUGCAAGAAACAAGAAAGUAGAUGAAGCAAAACAGGUUUGGCAAGAUUUGAGAAGAGAGGAAGUUUUGUUUGAUCAGCAUACCUUUGGGGACAUAAUGAGGGCCUUCUUGGAUAAUGGAUUGCCCUCAGAGGCAAUGGAAAUAUAUGAGGAAAUGAGACAAUCUCCUGAUCCACCAAUAUCUUUGCCUUUUCGUGUGAUCUUGAAAGGGCUCAUUCCAUUCCCAGAAUUAAGAGAGCAGGUAAAAGAUGACUUCCUGGAGCUUUUCCCUGACAUGAUUGUGUAUGACCCAGCUGAAGACUUGUUUGAAGAUCAGGAAAGGGAAAAGGAUAGUGAAGAUGAAUAG